AUGCCGCCGCCCCCCCCCCAACCCGCAACGCUCCCAACCCUCCCGCACGACCUCCUCCGCCUGCUCACGGCGCACCUACCCACAGCCUCCUCCCUCGCCGCGCUCUCGCUCACCUGCCGCUCCCUCCACGCCUUCAUCGCGCUCGAGGGCUGGCGCGUCUUCGUGCGCACGCGCUUCCCGGCGUUCCCGGCCGCCGCGGGAACACCGGCGCAGUGGCGCGCGUGGGCGAGGCAGCAGACGACGGUGGAGCGCAACUGGCGGCGGCGCGGGUUUGUGGCGGCGGUAUUGGAGGUGCAGUUAUCCAGCGGUGGUGGUGGUGGUGGUGGUGGUGGUGGUGGUGGUGGAGGAGGUGGUGGGCGACGUGGCGGUAGAGGCGGCGGUGGUGCUGGAGGCAGAUGGGCGCCGAAAGGGCGGCAGACGCUCGGCUACGUGCCGGUGCUGGAUCUGAGCGAGGCGUAUGGCGGCGCGGGUGGCGGCGAGGAAGAGACGCUGGUGGUUGGCGCGGGGCCAGACAUUGUGGUGCGGCGACGAAGUGCGGGGAAGCGCGGUGUGCGGUGGUGGGGGUUUGGGGACCGGAACGAGCGGGCGGGGCGGGACGACGUGACGGCGCUGCGGCUGCUGGAGGGAUCGGGGUCGGGGUCGGGCGGGGAGACGGCGGUGGUGGGGCGGGCGAAUGGGCGGCUGGAGGUUGUGGGGCUGGGGACCGCGGGGAGGCAGCCGGGGUGCGUGGGGCGGGCGGAGGUGCUGGCGAGGUGCGAGACGGGCGGGGGGCAGGUGAAGGAUGUGGCUGUGCUCGGCAGCAGCAGCAGCAGCAGCAGCAGCGGGGCAGCGGGGCUCGUGUGUGCAGUCCUCGGCUCCUCGAGUGUUGCGCUGUACCCGCUCUGCGACCCGCCAGAGGAGACGCAGACAGAGCCCGUCGAGGCGGUGUCGAGCAUCGCGUUGGCCGACGUCGUCGGCGGCGGCGGCGGCAUCCCGUGGAAGACGGCGUUCCUGUCGCCGGCGCUCGUGGCGCUGGGCACGACGGGCGCGCAGCCGCUGUCGGUGUUUGCGCUUGGGCGCGAGGGCUUCCGGGCUCAGCCUGUGCGCGCGUUCUCGGCCGCGGCGUGCGCGGGCGUCGAUGCGCUCGGCGUGUAUGCGCUUGCGCCCAUCGGGGGCGGGGGCGGGGGCGGGAAUGUGCUGCUUGCGGGGUGGUAUGACGGCGUGUCACGACUCCACGACCUCCGCACCCCCGCCCCCUCCGUGGCAGAAUACAAAGACCCCAUCGACGCCCAAACCCCCAUCUACGCGCUGCACCCCCUCGGCCACACGCGCUUCCUCGCGGCCGGCGCCCGCCACUGCAUCCUCAAGAUCUUUGACCUGCGCGUGCCCACCUCACACAGCAGCGGUGGCGGUGGCGGUGGCGGUGGGUGGGCAACAUAUCUUGCGCCGCCCGCGCGCUACCGCGCCCACGGCAUGGGGGCGGGAGGGUCGGCGGCGUGGGAGAGCCCGCUGUAUUCGCUUGCCGUGGCGGCGGGCGGGAGGAGCGUGUAUGCGGGGGCGCAGGGGAGGGUGUGGGAGUUGGAUUUCUUGGGUGCUGGUGCUGGUGCUGGUGGUGGGGGUGGGGGGCAGAGGAGGGAUGUGGGUACGCGGUUGGGCAUGUAUGAGUUUGGUGGGAGGGGGGCGGUGUAUCACCAGGGCCCUGAGACGGAGAUGGGGAGGGCGGGGGCAGAGGGGGGGAGGUUGGAUGGGCGGUGGAGGGCGGUGUAG